AUGUUCAAGUUUCUAACCCUACUUUUGGUUUUGGUCAUUUCUUCGGCGUCUGCCGGUAGAAUAGUGGACUACCUUCUAAAUAUGCCUAUAAAGAACGGAUGUUUCGAAGAGCAUCGAAAGGUGUUGGAGUGUGUGGAGCCGCAUGAGCCCUUCAUCAACUUGCUAGAAUUGAACCUCCAACAAUCGUCCGUCUACAACAUUGGAUUAAUGAGAAAAGUGCUCCAAGUGUCUAAAAAUGUGUCUGAAUGUAUUGGAGAAGAUUUGCAAUGUGAUUCUUCUAAACUUGUGACGUUCGCCUUGAAUGCAGGUGGUUAUGUUGGAGAUAAGAUUUAUGGAGAUGCCUUCCACUGUUUCAUUAAUGCCCAAGUUCCUGAAAUCAUGGAGAAUUGCACGACAGACGACCUUGACCCUUCUGAACUCUACAACACUACUUUGAUAGACGAAACCAAAGACAAAUAUUUUGAGUGCAUUGCUCAGCAACUCUACAAAGUCCCGUCGUGUAAAAUCGGACGAAUUGUGGAUUUAUACAAAGCUGGACAUGCUGCAGUUGAUUCGUACUUUGAUGGUGUGCGUUUUAUAGAUAGGGCUGAUCCGGCUGGAUUGAAUUUGGAUGAACUGAAGUAUUGUGAUAUCUGA